GCUCAACUUCGCAGAAACGCGAAAAAUGAGUGUUGAGAUGGAAUUGCAAGAAGUCCUAUUGCAGGAACUGCAGGACGAAACCAAACACCCGUACUCUUCGCUCCUCAAAUGUGCGAUCCUCACUUCAAUAUUUGGCAGCAAAACCGCUGCCGACUUCAUGAAGAAUGCAAAUUUAUGGGGAGGCUACUUUGAGUACUAUACCAGCGAAUGUGAAACAGCGAUGAGCGUUGGCCGACUUCACUGGGUAGUGAAAACCCAUCAAGACAUUGUUCGCAUUGUGGAACUGCUCAGGGAUCCCAGCAAUAGUCGGGAGUCGAUCAAAGACAAAGAGAAAGUUAGGAUAGUAACAACCCAGCCCCAGGUCAGCGACGAGGUUAUUUACAAUGCAAUCGAUUUGGCUGCGCGCUUGGGGUUUAUGACCCUAAUCGGCAGUUCCGAACAAGUCUUUCGAGGUGGAGAGCGGUGCGUGACUUGGGAUGACGGUCAGCUUGACACUGUGUUGGCAACAGAAUUCAGCAGAACUGGAGUGCUAGAAAAGGAGCAUGUGAAAUUGGAAAAGAUGUUCAACGCUCGCAGUCUAGAUAGAAUAGGUGGUCUCCAAAUCAUCUGGACAAGCAACCUCGCCAACCAUCUUCGAGUGCAGAAUGACGACAAAGAAGUAUCCAUAUUUCACUAUGCUUCAUUCUUGACUUCGCAGAAACAGAGCGCAGUGUUCCCCCCGGGGUUCAUCGAGGAAACGAUCAGGACACUCGAACUCCUAUUCCCACAGUUUGAUGAUGCUUCCAACGAUUGGUUUAGGAAGAAAGCAAGGAAGGAGAGUCUUGACGCAAAUGUGAUCAAGUGCGGGCAACUAGCCGCAGAAGGACGUCAGAUUGAAAACUUCCACUUCUGGAGGGACCGUCUCAUCAUCCUCAAGCAAGUCUUCGACGAAACAGAACCGAGGGGACUCAAGCGUUGGUGGCGUGACCGAAGGAAGCCUGUGCAGUGGUAUAAUUUUUUGGCUGGCUGUAGCAUUGAUUGUUGGGAUGACCUUCUUCUUUGGGGUGAUCCAAUCUGUGGAAGGUGCUAUGCAGGUUUAUAAGGCGUAUCAUCCUUCUUGAAGUCGAUAAAGAAGGGAGGUAGGGAUGUGGUUGAAUUAAGAUUGUAUUCCGAGGAUGAAGUCUCCUGUUGUAUUUCUUGUGUCUGCUCCUUGAGUAUUUCCUGAUCUUGCUUCUUCAAGUCGCGGCCGUUUUCAGCUGAUGAUUUUGCCGUGUACUGUACUUCGUGACGACCCCAUCUUUUGAAAUACAGGCGGGGUUAAACCCCUUCUUCUGCGCCUUCACCCGAUACAUAGACAUCAAACAACGGCAGCAGUUCAGACAUCGAAUGAUGUGAG